AUGCGGCCUCUCCUUACACUGGCUGCAGUCGCUGGCUUCCAGUCCGGCUUUGUCACGGCGGUGAGCCUCAACGUCAGCGCCCUCACCUCGGGCGAGGUCGAGUCGGAUUGGACGACCACGUACUACCCCAGUGCCGGCGAGCCCCUCCUGCUCGGCAACGAUGGCGGUGCCUCGACGGGAGGUUUCCACGUGUGGGACCUGAAUGGCGACUCGCCCCUCGAGGCAAGCAAGAGCCUUUUCACGGGGAGGGCAAAGCUCGUGUCCACGCUGUACGACAUCAGCGGCAAGGAUUACCUGGUGUCCAUCUCCAUGACUACAAGCGAGCUGUCCCUCUACGAGCUCCCUGCCGUCUCUAAGGUCGAUGACGCUGGCUAUGUUGCACUCGGGGACUGGUCUGCCUUGUGCACGUGGAAGAGUCCCAGCAAGAAUAACUAUAUAUUCAUCUUUGGGAAAACCGAGGCUAUUCAAUUCCUCGUGAGAGAGGCUGAUGAUGCAAUCCAAGUUUUGCGGGUAAAAAUCACCUCACCUUCGCCUUGGCAAUCCAACCCAUUUCUGACAUGCAAGCAGGUUCAAACAUUUGAUAUUCCGGCUGAAAUGGCCGGCUGCGCUGUUUCUCAGGCCGAGGCGAAGCUGUUCUUGUCACCUGAUGGGGGCAGUAAGCUCUACGCCUUUGAUCUGGCAGAGUCCACUAAGACACCCGAGCUCUCAGUGAUCGGUGAAGUCGAAGAUGAGAUAACUGGCGUCACUGUGUAUGUGUCCAAGAAGGGCUCCAAAGAUUACCUGCUUGUAGCUCUGGAGAAAUCUGUCUCUAUCUACGAGUAUCCGUGGGCACUUGUAGGCAGCUGGGAGGUGUCUGGCGUGGAGGAGCCCGAGAUCCAGGGAAUCAGCUUGUAUCAAGCCUCCACGUCCAAAUACCCAGAAGGCGCCCUCGCCUACGCGAUUGAGGGAGAGGGUGUGCUCGGCUUCGGUCUUAGCAGCCUUGAGAAUGCCCUGUCAGGGCUGAACAUCGAACCAAACGUGGAGUACAACCCCCGAAAUCUGGAUGGAUGCGUCAAGCAUUCACCUAUAACGGAGGCAUGCUCCUUCAAUGGAUUCUCUUCGAAUGGAACUUGCGAUUGUCUUGCAGGAUUCACUGGUGAGACUUGCGGCGAAUUCAAGUGCGAAGAUGACUGCUCCGGAAACGGCUCAUGUAUUGGCCCCGAUACUUGUGAAUGCAAGGAGGGCUGGGGCGGUCUGCACUGCUCUUUCUUACUCGUCGAGCCUAAAUAUGAGACUGAUGCUAAUGGGUCUGAUGGAGACGACCCUGCGAUCUGGAUUUCGCCCAAAUCUCCCGAGCUAUCUCGCAUCAUCACAACCACCAAGGCCGGAGAUGGUGCAGGCCUUGCAGUCUUCGACCUGAAGGGCAAGCAACUCCAGAUGCACUACUCCAGCAAGCCGAACAAUGUUGAUGUCAUCUACAAUUUCCAAGCAGGCAAUCGUACUGUGGACCUUGCCUUUGCCGCAUGUCGCGGUGAUAAUACCCUCUGCAUUUUCGAAAUUACCAGCGAGGGUGAGAUCAAAGACAUCCCAGGUGGUAUUCAGCCCUCGUAUGCCGAGGAUGAAGUGUACGGCUCUUGCGUCUACCGCUCCAAGAAGACGGGCAAGCAAUACCUUUUCGUGAAUGAGAAAUCGGCACGCUACAUGCAAUACGAACUCAUGGCGACUUCAAACGGUACUCUCCACACUGAGCUCGUACGUGAGUUCGUUGGUGGCUCAGGCGGGCAAGUCGAGGGCUGCGUCUCUGACGAAGACAACGGCUGGCUGAUCCUUGGCGAGGAGCCCUCUGCCCUCUGGCGCUAUGAUGCGGAGCCGGAUGGCAGUGAAGAGGGCUACAAGAUUGCCUUUGUCGGAGAUGGAACCCUCUACGGCGACGUGGAGGGCGUGACGCUCGUCCAGGGCAAAUCCAAGGACGAGGGCUUCAUCAUCAACUCGUGCCAGGGCGUCAGCGCCUACAAUGUCUACAAGCGCGCUGCUCCUCACGACUACGUCAUGACCUUCACCAUUACCGACUCUGCUGAUGGUGGAAUUGACCACGUUUCUAACACGGACGGGCUGGCUGUGGUGGGAGUCAACCUGGGAUCUGAGUUCCCCAAUGGCUUGCUGGUAGUACACGACGAUACCAACGAGCUGCCUGGUGGCAAGGCGGCUGACCCCAACUCGAGUUACAAGCUGAUCAGCUUGGACAAGAUACUUGCAGCCGGCCCAUUCAAGGACUUGAAUUUGUUGGACGAGGUUGAUCCCAACUGGGAUCCCAGAGCUUAA